GAUGACGCAAUCAUCAAGCGACGCGUGUAGUAGCUAGUAGAAAUAGGAUGAAUCACCGAUUGUUCGUACAUUUGCGUUACGUUUUGUUUCAGAAGUCGAUAUUAGCGAAUAAUAUUUUAUUCAGACGUUUGUGCAGCAAAAUGGACCGUGUAGUUGUGCGCUGUGUUCCCUCAGAGCCCAAGCUGAGCAUUUCAUUCACGUUAGCCGGAUGCUACAAACAAAUGCUGAGGGAGCAAACAGAGCAGUUGGGCAAAGCGUUAGCUCGGAUAUCUAACAGUCUUAUCAAGGCGCAGACUAAAGGUAAGAAGUGUAAGAAGACUAGAAGUGAAAACACGAGCACUUGUGCUGGUGAGCAGGUGGUGCGGCUUUAUUUUAAAGGUGAUUUGGUCUCUGAAGACACUUUAAACCGCGACGCCUGGCGGGACUCCUCGGUACUGCAGGUUGGAGACAUUAAAUACAACGUUGAACUCAAUCCUCCGACUUUCACCACCGCACAACUUCCACAAUCAGUUCUGUCCGGAUUCCCAGUCUGCCCAAAACUAGAGAUUGAAUUCGGGAAUAUGGAGUCGUGUGUGUUUAAGUGGUACAAGGAGAAUAGAGUAAAUGCGCACACGUGUGCUGAAGAAGACUCCUGGGUCGAAGCAGGACGUGACCGAGUCUUUAUACCAUCUAAUAUGGAUAUCGGGUUGAGACUGAAGCUGCAAUGCAUGCCGGGAAACGGGUCCAGGUUGGGCCCUGUGGUGGAGCUCAUAACCUCAUGCACUGUAGAAGCAGGUCCAGGAGUUUGCACGUUUGACAACAGACACUUGUACACCAGUAAGGUCACGAAUGACUUUACAACCAGAGUUGUGACUUACAAUAUCUUAGCAGAGAUUUACAGUCAAACUGAGCUCUCUAAAACAGUCCUGUACCCUUACUGCGCUCCAUAUGCCCUCGAGCUCGACUACAGGCAGAACCUCAUAAAGAAGGAGCUUUCAGGCUAUAAUGCAGACAUCAUCUGUCUCCAGGAGGUGGAUAAAGGUGUAUUCGGUGAUAGCCUGGUGCCAGCACUUGACGCGUUCGGCAUGGACGGAGUGUUCAAAGUCAAAGAAAGGCAGCAUGAAGGACUGGCCACUUUUUACAGGAGAUCGAAAUUCAAGUUGCUUUUUAGACGCGACAUCAUGCUGAGUGAGGCAUUAGAAACGGACGCACUCCAUAGUGUGCUGCUGGAGAAACUGUCCACCAACCCGGCGUUGAAAGAGAAGAUGGUACAGAGAAGUACAACGUUGCAGGUAACGGUUUUACAGUCCGUCAGCGAGCCGUCAAAGAUAGUGUGCGUUGGAAACACGCAUCUCUACUGGCACCCUAAAGGAGCAAAUGUUCGAUUAAUACAGAUGGCUGUGGCCCUGAAGCACCUGAAGAAAGUCGUCAUGGAAGAACGAGCUAGCACACUGAUAUUCUGCGGCGACUUCAACAGCACACCAUCGUCAGGACUCUUCCAGUUGCUCAGUCAGGGUUCCGUAUCGGAGCAGCACAGUGACUGGGCAUCUAAUGGGCCUGAGGAGCAUCUUCCAAUGGAGCUUCACAGCCCCUUUCAGUUGACUAGUGCGUGUGGAGAACCGCAAUACACCAACUAUGUAGGAGGCUUUAAUGGAUGUCUGGACUACAUUUUCAUUGAGCCGCAGGCUUUGCAGGUAGAACAGGUCGUUCCUUUGCCCAGUCAUCAGGAGGUCACCACAUACCAGGCCCUUCCCAGUGUGUCUCACCCAUCUGACCAUAUAGCUUUAGUCUGCGACCUCAAAUGGAAAUAAAGUUGAGACACAGCCUCAGAUUUCAUUCCACAAGUAAACAUUUAAAUCAGGGUUUAAAUCUCUGGUUGAGAUUAGAACACUUCAAUUUCUGAUUUAUUGUGGCAAAAGGACAUCGAAAACAUCUUAAUGCCCAUGAUAAACUUCAUACUGAUUCACCUAGCUGUCCAUAAGAGAAUUCUCUGAAUGCAGUAUAAAAAUAAAAUCAGCCGGAUAUAAUUAAAAGCAUUUUUAACCUUA